GAAAGAGACAUACUACUUUUGAAUUGCAAUUCUAUUGAAGGAAUUAAUUCUUUAUUAAUUUUUCAAAUAAUUAAAUUGUCUUAUUUAGUAAUAGUGAUUGACAAUUUGUUUUUAAAAAAAUUUAACUUUUAUAAAAUAUUCCCUUACAAAAUGUCAAAACAAUUAAUUACAAUAUUGAUUUAUUUAAUAAGCACAAUAGUGUUAAAUUCUGAAAUAAUAGUACAAACAUCACAAGGAAUACUUCGAGGGACAAUAGAAAAGUCCAGAAAUGGGAGAAAUUAUUCCGCAUUUCUUGGCAUACCUUAUGGAAAACCACCAGUCGGAGAUUUAAGGUUUAGAAAUCCUUUACCAGCAGAUAAAUGGAAGGGAAUACGACAAGCAACAUUUUUAGGCAACAGAUGUAUACACACCUUUUUUGGAAUACCAUUUGGAAAAGAAGAUUGUUUAUUUUUAAACGUCUAUACUCCAUUUCAUAAAUUUCAAAAAAGAAUGAAUUUAAAUACUACUUUAUUACCAAUCAUGGUAUUUAUACACGGAGGUCUAUAUUUUUUAGGAUCUGGCAAUGAUUAUAAAGCAAAUUACAUUAUGGAUAAGAAUGUAAUUUUUGUAACUAUUAAUUAUCGAUUGGGAAUUUUUGGAUUUUUAUCAACUGCUGAUUCUACAGCGCCAGGAAAUUUUGGCAUGAAAGAUCAAGUUUUAGCAUUAAAAUGGAUUCAAAAAAAUAUUCAAGCUUUUGGUGGUGAUAAAAAUCGAGUGACUUUAGUUGGACAUAGUGCUGGAGGUUCUAGUGUACAUUUACAUGUUCUUUCAAAAGCAAGCAACGGUCUUUUUCAUCAAUAUAUUUUACAAAGUGGUACCGCACUAGCUGGAUGGGCCUUUCGAGAUAAAAAUGAUAUUUUUGAAUCAGUGAAAAAAAUUGCUAAAUAUUCCAUGUGUCCAACAAAAACGACAAAAAGUCUAAUAAACUGUUUACGUGAAACAGAUGCAAAUGCUUUAUUAUUUUGGAGUAAUAUCCUCGGUUUGGUAAUUACAAUUUUUCAAGCUCCUUGGGUACCAACAAACGAACCUAACAAUAAGGAUGCAUUUUUAACCGAUUAUCCGGAAAAUUUAAUGAAUCAAAUGAAAGAUUUGCCAUUCAUUAGUGGUGUUACAGAAAACGAAGGUGCAUUUAUUACAAAUGUAUUUUACGCAAUUGAUCCUCUUUACAAUCGUCUAAGGAAAUUUAUGAAAAAAUUAUUUAUAGAUGAUGCUUUUUAUAUGAGAAACGCUAAAAAAAACUUCCCAGCUAAUUUAGAUAAGUUUUAUUUUAACAACUCACAUGAAAUUAUGAAAAAGGAUUGGGAAAUCUGUGAGAAAAUAUUUUCAGAUGGUAGUUUUCAAUAUCCAGAAAUAAAAAUGUUGGAUCAAAUUACACCUAAUAUAAAAAAUCCCACCUAUUUUUAUCAUUUUAUAUAUCGCGGUGAAACUUCCACUUUUUCUAAUUUUUUUUCAAAUGAUAAUUUUGGAGCUAGUCAUGGUGAUGAUUUAUUAUAUUUAUUUCCAAUUACAUAUUUUAUAGUCAACAGAAGAGAUACAGAUUUAUCAAACAAUAGUAGAAAGAUGAGUAAUUUAAUGAUUGAUUUGUGGACGUCAUUUACAACUAAUGGUGCACCAACAUCUAAAUAUUUGGAUCCACCUAAUUUAUGGAAACCGUACAAUACCGAAAAUAAUCCCUAUUUUCAAAUUGGAGAUAAAAACGACAAUACAAAGCUUUCAGUGAAACUAACAAACAAUUUUUUAACAGACAGAAUGAAUUUCUGGAGAGAAAAUUUUUUUAUAAUUUUAAAAUUGAAUAUGUAUUUUUAUACGAAAUUGUUAUAUUUACAAAUUUUAAGGAUUAUAUUUAUAAAAACAGAAACAUUAGUGCAAAUAAAACAAGGAAUAUUAAAUGGAACUAAUAAACAAACAAGAAGUGGAAAAAAUUAUUCAGCUUUUCUUGGUAUUCCUUAUGGACAAGCACCAAUUGAUGAACUUAGAUUUUCUAUACCAAAACCAGCGAAAAAUUGGAAUGGAAUAAGACCAGCUAAUUCAUUUGGAAAUAUUUGCCCGCAAAUAAGAAAUGACACAUUAGUUGGAAACGAAGACUGCUUAUUUUUGAAUGUUUACACACCAUUUCUUAAUUUUCAAUCUCAAUUUAAUAAAAAAGAUUUGCUACCAGUUAUGUUUUGGAUUCACGGCGGAUAUUUUACAAGGGGAUCAAGUAAUGUAUACACAGCAAGAUAUUUUCUAGACAAAAGCAUUAUUUUAAUAACAAUUAACUAUCGAGUUGGUAUUUUGGGAUUUUUAUCAACGGGUGAUUCAAUAGCGCCAGGAAAUUAUGGUCUAAAGGAUCAAGUUUUAGCUUUAAAAUGGGUUCAGGAGAAUAUCAAAUCAUUUGGAGGUGAUCCAGAUCGAGUAACUAUUUUUGGCGAAAGUUCAGGAGGUGUUUCCGUGAAUCUUCUUGCAAUAUCAAGAGCAACUAAUGGUCUUUUUCAUCAAUAUAUAAUAGAAAGUGGCAGUGCCCUUUGUCCGUGGGCUUAUCAGAAAAGAAGUAGCAUAGUAAAUCAUUUAAAAAAUAUUUCAAAAAUUGUCAAUUGUUCUUUUAACACAUCAAAAAUUGUUAUUGAUUGUUUGAGGACAAAAAAUGUUAGCGAAUUAUUGAAUACAACAAAAAAUAUAUUUGAUGCAAUUGCACAAAUGGCACAAUUAACAUGGACACCAACAAAAGAAGAUGAUAAUGAAGAUGCAUUUUUAACAGAUGAUCCAAAAAAUUUGAUACACGAAAUGAAGGAUUUACCAUUUAUUGUGGGGGUGAAUGUACACGAGGGAUUACUUGUUACUGCCAACUUCUUUUCCAAUAAUUUACUAUUUAAUAUUCUUAAACUUUUGCACAAAUCACUAAUUGGCUUUGUAGCUAAUCACUAUUUUGGUACAAACGAUAAACAAGGAUUUAUUGAUGCAGUUAAUAAAUUUUAUUUCAACAACACUCUCGAUAGUCAACUUGAUAAAAUGAAGUACUUAAGAGCAAUAACAAAUUUUAUAACUGAUGGAUUUUUUCUCUAUCCGACAUUAAGAAUGUUACAAAAAGUAACGCCUUAUAUGAAAAAUUCAAAUUAUGCCUAUUUGUUUGGUUAUCGGGGUGAAUUUAGUACAACAAUAACAUCAACUGGUGACAAUAGAAAUAUUGGUGUUAAUCAUAUGGAUGAACUCAUAUAUUUAUUUCCUAUGGAUUUUAUUUCCCCAGAAUUAUCACACAUUAAUUUAACUGAACCAGAUUUAUUUUUAAGUGAAGUAAUGAUUGAUUUUUGGACGUCUUUUGCAAUAAAGGGUUUACCAAAGUCGAAGAAAUUAAAAGAACCAAAAAUUUGGAAACCAUAUACUACUCCAAAUAACACGUAUCUUCAAAUUGGAAAUAUUAGAAAUAACAAAGAUCCUAGAAUUAAAUUUUCCAGUCCAAUAUUUCCAGAACGUUUUAAAUUUUGGACAGAAAAUUGUCCAUUCUUAAAGGAAUACCAGAAAAACUAAUUUAAAAAUACAUUAACCGUAAAACAAUUUUAUAUUUAUUAUUUUAAUUCAAUGAUAAGAAAAAUGAUAUUUUAAUGAAUAUUUUUAAAAUUAUUUAUGCACUAAAAAAAAAAAAUUUAUUUGAUUCAAACACUCGAUUACUUGACUAUAUUAUCAAAUAAAUAAUUAUUUGUAUCAAAUAAUUAUUAUUUGAGUCAAUUAAAUGGUAUUUGUUCCAAAUACAGAAAUUAUUGGUUCAAAUAAAAUUUAUUUAAUUCAAAUAAAAAUUAUUUGAAACAACUAAAUAUUUAUUUGAUAAUAGUCAAGUAAUGGAGUAUUUGAAUCAAGUAAAUUUUUUUUUCAGUGUGUUUUAGGGGAAAAAAAAAUUGUUCGCCUUUGUAAAAAUUCAAAAU